UUGCUCUUUUUUGAUACCUCUCUUUCUCUCUCUCUCUCUCUACUUCCAUUCCUUACUGAUCUCUUCAGGUUUACUCAUGCCUAGUUGCGUUGAAUUUUGUGGGCAAGAAAGAUGCAUGUACAAAUUGUGGGCUGAAACAGCUUUAUUUGUUCAGUAAAAUUGCGGAAUGGAGUUUGAUUCAAGGGAUUAUUAGUUAAGCUACAGUAGACAAAUAUCUAGAGCAUCAAUAUGCCUAUAGAGGCGUCUGUUUGAUUGUUCUCCAAGGACAGCAAAAAUCUUUAAUGGGAAUUGUUUUUUGAUAGACAACUGUAAAAGGCAAUUGGCUAGUAAAGUUGUGUGAAGGUGGUUCUUGUUUUGAACUCCAUGUUGGGAGGUGAUUUUUUUCUCGUGUUGUGCAUAAAGAAGAGGUCAUGGCAGGAUCAACAGCAUGGCUUGGCAGAGGCCUUUCAUGCGUUUGUGCCCAGGGAAGCGAUAUUGAUGCUCGUCCAUCAUUUGAUCUGACACCAGCCCAGGAGGAAUGCUUGCAAAGGCUACAAAACCGUAUAGAUGUUGCAUAUGAUGGUUCAAUUCCUGAACAUCAGGAAGCUUUAAGAGCAUUGUGGAAAGCUGCCUUCCCUGUGGAAGAACUCCAUGGUUUAAUAUCUGAGCAAUGGAAGGAAAUGGGUUGGCAAGGAAAGGAUCCAUCUACUGACUUUAGGGGUGCGGGAUUUAUAUCACUGGAGAACUUGUUAUAUUUUGCGAGAAAUUUCCCGAGAUCGUUCCAGGAUCUUCUUCAAAAGCAGGAAGGCGAUAGGGCAUUAUGGGAAUACCCAUUUGCUGUUGCUGGUGUCAACAUCACAUUUAUGCUAAUCCAGAUACUUGAUAUAGAAGCUAUAAAACCAAGAAAUAUGGUGGGAGCAAAAUUUUUGAAGUUUCUUGCAGAAAAUGAAUCAGCAUUUGAUCUUCUAUAUUGUAUCACGUUUAAGCUGAUGGAUCAUCAGUGGCUCGCCAUGAAUGCGUCAUAUAUGGAUUUCAAUACAGUUAUGAAGUCCACCCGUUGUCAAAUUGAAAGGGAGCUUUUGCAAGAGAACAUAAAACGGUUGGAGGAUUUGCCCUCAUACAGACUCCUUAAUUGAUAGUUAUUGUAGCCAUUGCAUUUUAUAGGUUUUUUUUUUCAGUCAUGACAUCUCAGCAAAAGGGAAGUGAUUUACUUGCCUGUACUGUGACGUUUGUUGGUUUCUUACGUGGUGGUACUUGUAGUUUUGUUAGAAUUAGAUGCUUUUUGAUGCUAGGUUGUUGGUCUCUUCCUCUUUCGGAUUGAAGUGAUUCUUAGAGGUGGAGAAAGGAAAUAACAGGUUUCUCCAGUGCAUGAUAUAA